AUGAAGCUCACCACCCUCCUGUCCCUUGCCCCCCUUCUCGGCGCAGCAACAGCAACCGCCCAGACACAACAACACCCCUUCACCCUCAAUAUCCGCUGGUCCAACAGCCCCCUCAAGGGGCCCCUGAACGCCAACGGCGGCGCCUUCUGGACCGGCAAGCCGACAGCCGCGUACUGCCCGGACAGUGUCCCCAAGUGCCCCGCCGUGAAUGCCACGUCCUUCGUCGCGCAGGAGGGGAAGCUGUACUUGAAUACGGCUGUGCCGGGGGGUCAGCAGGUUUACAUCUCGCCGCAGGGUGAAUUGACCUACACGGUCCCGCACAGCGCGUAUAUCCCCGAGGGCUCGCUGACGGAUCUACCCGUCUUCCCGACGAGCUCGUUCCUCAACCCGUUUCUGACGCUUUGGUUGUGCGAUGUGGAUGAGAGCGCGGCGGAGUGGAGGGUUUGGGCUGAUUAUACGAAUGCGACUACGGGGUCGAUUACGAACAAUGGGCUGACGGGGGCAAAUGCUUGUACGCGGAUUGCGCUGGAGGCGAAGCCGUACGAUGGGUCUAAGGCUUGGUCGUUUGCGUGA